GUGAUGUCUUAUCCACUGAGACUCCGGAUCCUAACAGCUGGAAGCUAAAAACAGGCGCCAUGGAGUACACAGGGAGCAAAUAUAUCGGGGAAUAUGUAGAUGGGAGGAUGGAGGGCAAAGCCAAGUACAUCCUCCCUACUGAAACAAUAUAUGUUGGGGAAAUGAAGGACGGUGUGUUUCAUGGCGAAGGAACUCUGUACUUCCCCAGUGGGAGCCAAUAUGACGCCGUUUGGGAAAAUGGAUUGGCCAUAAAGGGCACAUAUACCUUUGCAGACGGGCUGCACUAUGAUGAGAAGAACUGGCAUUACUGUGACGGCUAUGAUCGGAGGUUUUACACAGAGAUCCUCAAUGGCUUGAAGCCUGCAGGUAUGGCUCAACUCACCAAUAUGGACCCACCUAGAAAAAUCCCCAAGGGCUACUACGAUUGUGGAGACGGCUUCUAUAACCCCAUCACGAGGGUAAUCAAGGACUACAGGAACCGCUUUCUGAGAAACGCAGAUGAUGACGAGCACGAGUGGAUCACCCGUACCUGUCGAAAGGGCUAGGACAAGAUUGUGAGUCACAGGCCUGAGCUGUGAACUCUGUGGCUGCCUCCACCAGAGGUUUCCAUCUGCCCUGCUGGCACUGGCUGCCCUGGGGGACAGGCUGUAGUUCUAGAGCCUGACUUUCAACUCAGGAAUAAAGACUUUCUGCAGUCA